AUGGGCAUGCUGACGUUUGGUCGUUUCCUCAGCCGGCCCUACCCUCACCUGCGGGACGGUCCGACCAUCUUCUCUCUGCAGCAGCAGUUUUUGAUGGAGAACAGCCUGCGCGAACGCAGACGGUCUGAUUCUACGAUGGCGGAGUCGCUCGCGUCCACGCCCUCGGUCGAACUUGACACGCCCUUUGGCGAUGAUUUCGCCGACCAAGAUGACUUCUAUUCGCCCCCCGCCUCCCCCGGCAAGCUGUCGCGCAACCCGUCUUUCUCCAACAGCAGCUCGUACCAGGAGGACUGGGAGACGUUCCCGCCACUGGACAAGCUGACCAUCUUUGACCUGCUCGACAACAUCCAGCUCUCGCAGCGUCUGGAGAAAUGGCAGCAGACGAUCAAUAUGCAGAGGGCGAAGGUCCGGCGGCAGCACGAGAGGAUCAAGUCGACGUCGAUGAACGCCAAGGACCGCGUCGUGGGCGAGUGGAAGCGGCGCGUCCCCACUGCCGACGAGCAGCUCGAAAAGUACCGUCGCCGCAUGAGGGAUGGAGUGGAGCGGCUGGGCAAGCAGUGGAAUAAGACCGCUACCGUCACCCUGCGGGAGAAGGUCUCGUUCAUUGCCGGCGUGCUCAAUAUCUUCAUCAGCGGCUAUUUGAUCGGCGCCUGUCCCGAGUACUUUUACAUUUGGUUCAGUGCUCAACUGGCAUAUUUCAUGCCCAUCCGGUUUUACACCUACCACGCCAAAGGCUACCACUACUUCCUGGCGGAUCUCUGUUAUUUUGUCAACCUGCUUUGUAUGCUGAGCUUUUGGGUCUUCCCCAGUCCAAACGGCUGUUCAUCAGUACGUUUUGUCUGA